AUGUUCCCUCAUCAGCACUUCCUCCCCCUUUCUCCCCUUUCUCUCUCUUUCACUCUUUCUCUUUCUGUUGUUUCUCUCAUCUCUCAUUUUAUCUUCUCUCGUUCUUCUUUCUUUCUCUCAAUAUCUUUCGUAGCUCUUUCUCUUUCUCUCUCUCUUCCCGCUUCUUUUUCUUUCUUUUCCUUUCUUUAUCUCUUUUUCUCUCGCUAUUCUUUCUUUUUCUUCCGUUAUCUUUCUUCUAUCUUUCUCUUCUCUUCUUUCUCUUCCCUCCCUUAUUUUCUUUUCUUUCGAUCACUUUCUUUUUCUUUGAUUUCUUCUUCUUCUUCUUCUUCUUCUUCUUCUUCUUCUUCUUCUUCUUCUUCUUCUUCUCUGCAUUUCUCGUCUUUCCUUCACUUUCCUUCUCUUUUAUCUUUCUCAUUCUCUUCUUUCUCUUCCCUCCCUUAUUUUCUUUUCUUUCGAUCACUUUCUUUUUCUUUGAUUUCUUCUUCUUCUUCUUCUCUGCAUUUCUCGUCUUUCCUUCACUUUCCUUCGCUUUUAUCUUUCUCAUUCUCUUCUUUCUCUUCCCUCCCUUAUUUUCUUUUCUUUCGAUCACUUUCUUUUUCUUUGAUUUCUUCUUCUUCUUCUUCUUCUUCUUCUUCUUCUUCUUCUUCUUCUUCUUCUCUGCAUUUCUCGUCGUUCCUUCACUUUCCUUCGCUUUUAUCUUUCUCAUUCUCUUCUUCUUCACCCUUUCACUCUUACUUUAUCUCUUCUCUCACUCCUCUCUUUCAUUCUUUCUUUCUCUCAUCUCUCUUUCCCUCUAUUUCUUUGUUUUGCUUUCUCUCUUUUUUCUCUCUCUCUCUCUUCUCUGUCUCUCUCUCUCUUUUUUCUCUCUUCCCUUUUCUAUUCUCUAACAUUUGCUUUUCUCUCUCACUCAUUCUCUUUUCCUUUUCGCACUUUCUUUUGUCUUAUUUCAAUUCUUUAUCUUUGACUUUCUUCCACGUAAUAUCUUCUCUCUCUCUCUUAUUAUAUUUAUCUUCUAUUUCUCUCUCUCUUUUCUUUUUCUAUUUACUUUCUUUUUUCCUUCUCUUUCCUCACUUCUCCGCUCUCUCUUGUUUUCAAGUCUUUAUCGUUUUGUAUUUUUCUCAUGUCUUGGAUUGUCUCUCCGCCAUGAUUUUCUAG